AUGCAAACAAAUAGAUGGCUAGGUUUAUUGCUCUUACUAUCAGCUGUAUCCGCGGCAAACAAAGCUAUUUUGAUCUGCUGUUCGUGGCAAUACGAGAACUAUCGCCACUUUGCUAAUGUUUUGGCCCUACAGAGUUUACUGGAGCGAAAUGGCUACUCACCCAAGGACAUUGCCAUCUUUAUGAAGGAGGACAUUCUAGCCAAUCGCCGAAAUCCUUCAGAGCAACUCUGGGUGGGCGAUGAGUCUUUAGAACCUACCAAAGACUAUACGCCUAAAAGACGGGACCAAUCGUAUUAUGAUAUUUUGAACUUGAUUGCUGGUGAGGAUGAAGUACUUUUAGGCGCCGAUGCUCAAACCAAUUUGCUAAUCUAUAUAACUGGCCAUGGCGGUGAUGGGUUUAUCAAGUACUGCAACCGCAGCUACUUUUAUCGUGAAGACAUUACUAAGGCACUAAUUCGCUUACAAUCAGUCCGUCGUUUGGGCAAGGUCUUGUUUAUUGCUGAUACUUGCCAAGCUGAUAGUUUGGUGGACGCUUCACAACUACCCGACAAUGUUACUCUUAUCAGUACAAGCUUAUUAGGCGAGUCUUCCCAUUCCGCCAACUUCAACCACCGCCUCAAUAUCUUUCCCAUUGAUCUCUUUGUUAUGCAACUAACUAAAGCCAUCAAAAGUCCAGCCAUUCAAGCCUUAACUUUCAAAGACCUAACGAAGCACGAACUAUCCUUUGGCUCUUUACUAUCAACCGUUUCCAUCCAUGGCCCUGAUGCAUACCUCCAAGACUUCCUCUGGCAAACCCACCGACCUUCUUCUUUAUUCCUCUAA